AGUCGCUGUGUGGGCUGAAGCGCUUCGUGCUUGCAGAAUAUUCUCCACGUAUUUACAAGACAGGACUCCAGUGAAGCGACACAGUUCUUACAGUCUGUUCUUAGAGGACGCUGUUGAGAACCCACGCAGACAGGAGAGAAUGCAAACUCAAUCACAAGGGCCGUGGCCAGAUGGUGGAUUCAAAUCUAGGAUAUUCUUCCUGUGCGAUGAUGAACUGUUGUGGUCUGCUAACACUCCAGAAGGAACCAGUUCCUCUGAAGAGCAUUGAGGUGGAGCUGGAGGUGAGGGACCAUGUGGCUACAGUGGUCUCCACUCUGAACUACGAGAACAAGGAGGACAAACCAUUAGAGGCUGUUUUUGUCUUCCCUCUGCCUGGAGAUGCUGCUGUCUGUCAUUUCAGUGCUCAGAUUGGACAGACACAGAUUGUAGCUGAGGUGAAGGAGAAACAGAAGGCUCGUGAGGAGUAUGAUGAUGCUCUGAGCUCCGGUCAGCAGGCCUUCCUAUUGGAGGAGAGUGAUGAGAGUCCAGAUAUAUUCUCUCUGAGUGUGGGCAGUCUGCCUCCAGGAGAGAGCGCCUCCAUCAGGUUGGAGUACGUCACUGAGCUGGCUGUGCAGGCUGAUGAUGGUCUGAGGUUCUGUCUGCCUGCUGUGCUCAACCCUCGAUACCAACCUCAGGGUAGUGAAGGUGCAGGUGUCCAGGUGACUUCUGUUCCUGCCUCUCUGGUGCCCUACAGUCUGUCUUUUUCUGCCCGAGUGUCCUCUACUCGUCCAGUCUCUAAAGUAGAGUCCAACUGUUCCCUGGACCCUCUGCAGUACCUCAACACUGAUCAAACCCAGGCCACGGUCAAGCUGGCUGCAGGACACAAGUUUGACAGAGAUAUUGAACUGCUGAUUUAUUACAAAGACGCCCACCAGCCCACUGCUGUGGUGGAGGCAGGACAGGCCUCUGCUGAGCCGGGCUCUCUGAUGGGUGAUCCAGUGGUGAUGGUGAGUCUGUACCCUGAGUUCACCCAGUCUGUGAUGUCUUCAAUGGCUUCAUGUGGAGAGUUUGUGUUCUUAAUGGAUCGAUCUGGAAGCAUGAGUAAUACUCGCAUCAGCAGUGCCAAGGAUACUCUGCUGCUCCUGUUGAAGAGUUUACCAAUGGGCUGCUAUUUCAACAUUUACAGUUUUGGGUCUAGUUAUGAACACAUCUUCUCUAAGAGUGUGGAGUACAGCCAGAAGACCAUGAAGGAGGCUCUGAAGAAAGUUCAGGAGAUGGAGGCUGAUCUUGGAGGAACAGAGAUCCUGGAGCCCCUCAAACAUAUUUACAGCCAAUCCUGCAUUCAAAAUCAGCCUAGACAGCUGUUUGUCUUUACUGAUGGAGAGGUGGGGAACACCAAAGAAGUGAUCGAUCUGGUGAAGAACUACUCAGGUUCACACAGGUGUUUCUCUUUUGGGAUUGGGGAAGGGGCCAGCUCUGCUCUCAUCAAUGGGAUGGCCAAGGAAGGAGGAGGUCACGCUCAGUUCAUCACAGGGACUGACAGGAUGCAACCAAAAGUGAUGCAGUCACUGCGAUUUUCUCUGCAGCCAGCUGUGGUCGAAAUCUCAGUCACAUGGGAUUUACCAAAGGAAGUGUCUGUCACUGUCCUCUCUCCACCAAUCACAGCACUUUUCCAGGGUCAGAGGUCACUGAUUUAUGCCCAGCUCACUGGACAGAGCUCAGAGGCAGCAGAGGGCUGUGUGACGCUGAAGUACAGCCUGGCAGGUCAUCCCUCUGAGAACCAGCUGCACUUCAGUCUCAGACCUGCAGAGGACACUGGACUAACAGUCCACAGGUUGGGUGCUCGGACUCUGAUUCGUUCCCUGGAGAUGAAGGAGAGAGAGCACAGAGGACAGCAAGAUGGAGGAGUGAAGGAGAAGGUGGUGCAGCUCAGUGUCCAAUCAGAAGUGAGCAGUUCUUUCACUGCCUUCAUUGCUGUCAAUAAAGACAAUGGAGAGGCGAUCCAAGGACCUCUUGUCCAGAGAAAUAUUCCAACAGCCCAUUGCUGUUCAGCAUCCUAUGUUACAUAUAAAGCAUGCAAAAUGAAGAAGAGUGCUCCAUUGCCCAUAAUUGGUACCUUCCAGAUGUUUAGUCGGUGGGUUGGUGAUCGUCUGCAUAAAAAACAUUUUUCCUCAGAAGCCCAGCAGUGUGCUAUGGCUUCACAAGAUUUUCCAGCUGCUGUGCCUGAGCAGCCACCCAGAGACCCUUUGCUGCAGUUAGUCUCCCUGCAGGAGGCGUCUGGCUGCUGGCUGCUUGAUCCAGCUCUGGCUGCUGCACUGGGAAAGACCGACGAGGAGGUGGAAAAGUCAAAGCCUGAAAAGGCCAGCAGUGAAGUGUGGGCCACCAUCCUGGCUCUGAUCUGGCUUCAUGGUUUCAAGAUGGAUGCAAAGGAUGAGUGGGAGCUUCUGGCUGUGAAGGCAGCCUCAUGGCUCCAAGCUCACAAAGCAUUGUGUGUGUCAGAGUGUGUGGAUGCUGGAAAUGUCCUGCUGGGUUGCAGCGUGAAGAAAGAAGCUCUGGGACUCUGAGGGUUUUCUUAAAGUGACUUCACCUUCAGCACUGUUAAGCAGAAGGAUACUGACUUACACUAUACUGUGUUGCUGUCUUUAGUCUGACCCUUUAAUUGUUAUAAAAUCAUUAUUUUCCUUGAAUCCAAAUUGGUAUUUAACAUUGGAUUUAACACUGUAACACGUGUCUGCAGAAUUAUCUGAAUACUCCAAACACACUUUCUGACAUCUACUGUAGAAGCUCAGUCAGAAGGUGUUUUCAUUCUUUCUCUUCCACUAGAUGUGAUUGACUUGUUUCAUUCUCACUAACAUAACCUCCUGUCAAAUGUUGCUGACUCAACACUAAUAAAACACAUGAUUUGGUAACACAGA